ACCUACAGAACAUGUCGGGCGCUGAGACCUUGAUUGUCGCUUUCUCGUUUCCACUUUCCACUGGCAGCAAGGGACAUCCCUUUUGACACCAUAGCAUGCUGCAAUCCUGCAAUGGCAAGCAGCCCUGUGGUGGUGAUGCGGCUUCUGGCUUCAGCGUAUGCUGUAGCAGAGAAGGCAGGGACAAUCGUGAGGAAAGUCCUUUACAGUGGAGAUCUGGGAAUCGUUGAAAAGACAGGUGUUAAUGACCUACAGACACUUGCUGACCGACUUGUUCAGAAGAGUAUAUGUGCUUCCCUGUCACAGAAUUUUCCCAGAAUCACAAUAAUUGGGGAGGAGGAUUUGCCAUCAGAGGCAGUAGAAGAGGACCUGAUUGAGAUCAGUCAGUAUGAUGCAAUACUGCAAAAGCCAUGUCCAGAUGAGUACUCCAAUUUGAAGGAAGAGGAGCUUGUUGUGUGGGUUGAUCCUCUAGAUGGCACUAAAGAAUACACUGAAGCUGCAAGGUUACUGGACAGCCCAGUUGUCAUUAAGAAGCUGCUCAAGCCCCACAGAACCCCUACCCGGCUCUUGGAUCAUGUGACUGUGCUGAUAGGCAUUGCUUAUAAAGGAAAAGCCAUCGCUGGAGUAAUCAACCAACCCUUCUACAACUACCAGGUGGGUGCAGAUGCCACUUUGGGCAGAACGUUGUGGGGAAUGUUGGGUUUAGGUGCUUUCGGCUUCCAACUCCAGGAGGUGCCAGAAGGGAAAAGGAUCAUCACCACCACACGCUCCCACAGCAAUAAAGUUGUGACAGAAGCUGUCCAAGCAAUGGAUCCUCAUCAUGUGAUCCGAGUAGGAGGCGCUGGGAAUAAGAUCAUUCAGCUGGUGGAGGGUAAGGCAUCAGCCUAUGUCUUUGCAAGCCCAGGCUGUAAAAAGUGGGACACCUGCGCACCCGAGGCAAUUCUGCAUGCUGUUGGCGGAAAACUAACUGACAUGCAUGGGAACAACUACCAAUACAGUGCAGAUGUGAAGCACAUGAACUCGGCUGGUGUGUUGGCAACACUGCGGAAUCACCAGUAUUAUGUUAGCAGGGUGCCUCUGUCUGUUCUGCAGGCCCUUUCCUCUGAUUAAGGAGUUAUCAGGCUUAUGGAAUCUUAGUGCCUUGUGAUUAGUCACUAUAUGUGAAAACAAUUUUCCAUACUAAGUAAAAGUUACUAAACUUUGUGAAGCAAUGGUAAUGGGUAUGUGAUUUACAUUUUUGCAUUUUAUUUCAAUUUUGUCACAUUUGCCAUGUUUUGCAUUCCAACUAUCUUUAAUUCCACAUAUGUUUGGAUUUAAUGAUUUCCCUGACCUGUCUGCUAAAGAUUCUACUUAGUGUUGUCAAAUUCCAUUUAUGCAGUUGUGCAUUUUGAUUUAGAAUAAGUCAUAUGAAAUAAGCUUGUUUGAGAUGAGUGCUGCACUCAUCCUAGUGGUGACAGAUGUAACCUUCCCACACCUUGCUGUCAGUAAAACAAGUCCCAGUUUGUACAUGACAUUGAUUGCCGCCCCCCCCCCGUUUGUUUAUCAAUUUCAUUGAAUGACCAAAGUUAUACCUGAACGUAGUUGUAACAGACCUGUAUAAUUUUGCUGGUCACAUUGAUGAAAAUGGCAUCCCAUGUCCAGAUUAAGACAUAUUUUCUUUACAACUGAAAUGAGUUCAUAUAAUGCCAACAUGUGAUAAAUUUGUAGUCAUAUCUGUUGCUAAACAAAUGUUUAUGCAAUACUUAUUCAGACAUGUUUAAAAAUUAUGUAAAUCACAUUCAGUGGAUUUCUUUCUAUUUAAAAAAAAUGUAAUUGUGUCCUUUGUUGAUUAGCAUUUAUCAAGUGCUAUGUUAGUAAGUGGUACAAGUCGUGAUCGUGUUUGCUUCUUAGAGGGGAAAAUUUUUAAAAAAUGGCAUCUGAAGUUCAGAUGAGAAAAUUAUUUCCACUAGUCUGUUUAUUUCAUUCAAGGAGUCUGAAACAAACUGGUACAAAUCUUAAAAGUGAUUUGAAAACACUAAUAUUUCCAGACUUUUGGUAGCAGGUCAAAAAGUUCAUCUUGCAAAAUCUAGGCAAAGCCAAUUAGUGAAAGUUCUAAUAAGCAUCAAAAAUCCUGAAGAAAAAAUUUCACCCUUACCAGAGCAUUAAAACAGCACACUAUUUGCAGAGUUCAUCAUUCAGAGGCCAGAAUAUAAAUUAAUUUGCACAUCUAUUCAAUCUAUUCAUGUUAAUUGAAAUACAAGCAAAAUAAUUUGAGAACACUGGUGGCAGAACUGAGUAGCAGUGUAAGGCAUUACUGUUGCACACAAGGCUUCUAUUGCUGCCUUCAUCUGUGCUAAUAAAGUGACCAGUGGAGACAAAUUAGCCAAAGGUGAAAAGCUCACACAUUACAACUGUUCAGUACACUUUUACAUUUGGGAAAUGUGCAAAUUUAAUUCAAAUAUGAGUACACCCAAAGCUGACCUCUGAGAUACACAUACUGUAUUUAUACAUUUUAAGUAAAAUUUAAUCCCAGACACACUAAGAUAAGACAUACAUUAUGGCCCUAUUGUUUACUGUAUCCCACUCUGUGACCUUGAUUAUUCCAGAAAUGACUGAUUAGGAAUUAUUCGAAGCAUCUGCAGCCAGUGUAAUAUGUGAGUAGAGUUAUGGCACUUUUUUAACAGGUUAAAUAUGAAUCCAGCAAUGUGCAUGGUACCCAAUACUGCUCCAGAAAGUCUUCAGUAUGGCUUGUGUAUAAUGA